CUCGCCGCCUCCACACCCGGGAGCAGAUGGAGCUCCAGCAAGUCGGAAGGAUCCGCUUAAGGCUAGAGGAGGAACUCGGACAGGCUACUAAAAGAGAGAAAGAGAUUAGAGACAGAAUUGUCAGACUAGAGGGUAGGGAGGCAGAUAAGGCUGCAUUAGAGGGGUUAGAUGACUCGACCCUUAGUAAUAAUGAAAAGAUUUUGAAGGCGAGCAUCCUGUCCAUGCAAACAUACAUGGACAGUAAACUGGAUACAAUCCAGAACACCUUGGACCAGAUCCUGAAUGCCAUGCACAGACCAGGGAUCAGGCCAGCAAUCUUGUCGUCGCUGCCAUUCUCAAGGACGACAGGCCCCUAUGCCGCUCAGUCUGGACCACCACCAAGUGGUACAUCAACAGCAGCCUUAUCUCAAACUGUUGCUUCUUCAUCUUCCAGUACAACGACUGGUGCUACACCACAGUCGCCACCUGUCUCGCCAGCGGGACAGCAAUAUCCUUGGUAUCCCAAGACCCCCCUGAAACCAUCUCCAACCUUCACUGGAGACAAGAAGGAUGAGGCUCUCGACACGCGGUUGAGAACGGUGCUAGUGUGGGUUAGGGCAAAGAGGACAUUGGUAGAGGAGGAAGUGAUAACUUCAACAUCCUAUUUAGAGGGUUCAGCAGCUCGGUGGCUAAAUGGAUUGUUAGCUUCAAAGGGGUUCGGCAGGAACAUGGGUGAUUGGGCGCAGACCCACACCCUAGAAAGCUUUAUGGAUUUAGUGGAAGCACGGUGGCACAAUCCUCAGCAGGCACAGAUUGCCACUGAUGGAUUAUUAAAGCUUGAUGCUAGGAAGUACAAGUCAGUGCGAGAGCUUACCACGACCGUAGAGCGCCCGAUCGUUGUCCCAGGAGUGGAGUACAAUCCACAGGUCUUGUUGACCACGUUCUUGAGAUGUCUUCCCACAGACAUCAAGAACUUAUUAGCCAGCGAGGCUCGCAUAGAGUAUCACACGUUUGAGACAUUCAGCAAGAAGGCCCUAGACUUAGAGGCUACGUUGGGUAGUGCUCAAACCCCUUCUACGGACGGGAGAAAGAAGAAGACUCCACAAGAAUGGAAGAAGAAGGGUAGUCGAUUGAUGAUGGUUGAUUCCGAAGGGAAUCAAACUGAAAUCGAUGAUGUUUUUGAACUUGUGGAGGGUGCAGAGUUAGACGACGAGGAGAGUGUUGAGGGUAGCAACCUCGCUGCGGUGGUUAAGACUAAGGCAGCAGGCCGCGGCAAAGGCGGUCAGCAAAGGAGUCAGGGGUGGGCCGCUAACCCAAACAAGAUAGCUGCUUGGGUUAGAGCAGGCUUGGAUCAGGAAGUGUGGCGAGAUCGUUGGUCGCGAGGUGCUUGCAUAAAUUGUGGCGAGUACGGCCAUACACAAUUUAAAUGUAAGAACCCGAAGGUCUCGCAGAAGAUCCUUCCUAAGGGUGGGUUUCCUUCUUCUCAGUCUGGGGCCUCUACGAGCUCCAGCUCGGGAAACACUUAGGGACGGUAGAAGAUGUAGUUGCUUCUACUCUCGUUCAAGCGGGUGAUGUACCCUCCCCGGUUCAAGAGUUGGCCAAAGCUAUUGACUCCUUAGUCACCCCGCAGACGCAUCCGGACCCAACUAUACUUUGUACGUUGGAUGUGUCUGAAGCCUUAGAGGACCUUCAAGGUGAGUGGUCGGCAAGGGACCCUCGUGAGUCCUGGGUGGCAUUGAGUAGAGGUCCUAGAGGGAAGCACUUCGUUGUGGAAGUUCGUGUGGGUGGUCGCAAGUGCGGCACUUUCGUAGACAUUGGCUCCACGUGAAACUUCAUAAGUCGCGGCUGCGUUGACAGACUGUGCCUAAAGGACCGGGUGCAGCGCCUUAGUAGACCUGUAGCAUCUACUUUGGCCAACAAAGAGCGCAUGAUGGU